AAUCAAGUUUGGGUCUCUACGGACCACAUGUGUUUUUAAAAAAAAAUCGGAGUUAUAAAAAAAUUUAAAGAUAAUUAAUUUAACUACUUAAUAAAAUAGAAUUUUUUGUUAUUUUGUUUUAUAAUUAUGUAAUUUUGAUUAUCGUUAUAUGCAUUUUAAAAUAGUAUCGUUUAUAAUCAUAUAAAAUACAAUGUUUUAAAAACCUAACCUCUACAGAAUAUACCAAUGUUUGAAUAUUGAAUUUUUACUAAUGAUAAAUAAUACAAUUAUAAGUGAUUAUUUUCAUAUGUGAUUUGUGUUUUGUUGAACAUAUUAAAAAUGUAUAAACAUACACACAGACUUUUUAUAACAGUAACAAAACAAUUUAACAGUAGUGUUUUGUUAAAUACAGCAAAUAUUGUUAAUAACAAUUUAUUAAUGACUGCUUCACCUGUGAUAUCGAAAAUUUCAUUAAAUGCAUUUACUUGUAAUAUAAUAACAAAGUGUUUUUGUACAAAAACAACAUUCGCAGAAUUUGAAGAUGAAUUUGAUGAAAAUUCACAAAAAAAUCCAAGUGUUCAAGUACAAAGAGAAAUACAAGCAGAAGCACAAAAGAAACUCGACAAAUUAUUAGCAUUAGAUGUGGAGAAUAAAACAUUUUUUAACGUUAUAGAACUUGAAAUAGAUUUAUUACGUCAAAGUGGAGCAAAAGUUCCAAGUACAAUAAGACCGACACACUGGUUACAAAUUUUAAAAAUUAAAUCUCAAAAUCGUAGAAGACUGUAUUUAGAAUUUCUCUGGAUAAAUGAAAUAAAGAAAUUAAAUGACAAAUUAAAGAGAAGGGAAAAUACACUAUCGAAGCAGGCCUUAAUAUUGAAAAAAAUCAAUGAAGAAUCACAUCAUUUGAGAUAUGGUUUAAAUAAUAAUACAAUGUUUCAUCGUGUCUAUAGAACUAAAAUGAGUCAUUUUUUUAAUUCCAAAUUAAUAAGCGCCAUGAUGUUUGGUGAAAAAUUAGUAUUUGACUGUGGAUUUGAAUCACAUAUGACUACUACUGAAAUAUCAAGUUGUGCAAAACAAUUUAUGUUUUCAUUUGGAAAAAAUCGAGAGAAUAUCGAUCCAUUUGAUAUUAUUUUGUGUAAUAUUGAUUUAAAAGGUGAACUAAUAAAAAGAAUUUAUAGUUUUCUACCCACUAUGAAUGAACCUGGUUUUCCAUUAACAUAUACAACGAAAUCAUAUCUUGAACUUUUUCCAAAAAAAGAUUUAAUUUAUUUAACACCACAUACAAACAAUGUUAUGAGCAAUUUUAUUCCUGAUAAAAUUUAUAUUAUUGGCGCUAUAGUUGACAAAGCUCACAGUAAACCACUGACAUUAGCGAAAGCAAAAGAGGAAGGUAUUCAGAUAGCAAAAUUUCCCUUGGACAACUAUUUGGACUUUAAUUCUGGCAGUAAUAAAAGUUUAAAUAUAAAUCAUUGCACAGAUAUAAUGUUAAGCAUUAAAAAUACAAACAAAUGGGAAGAAGCUUUAAAAUUUGUGCCAACACGGAAGAUUAUCACUAAUAAUUAUGAUUAUAAUCGGACACAAAAUUUUAAUGAUAUUAAGAAUGUUGAACCGAAAUUUCGUAGUGGUCAUGCCUCACAAUUGUCAGAUGCGGCUUAUAACAAAUUAAAAUCUCUUCGAUUUAAUCAGAAAUAAGAAAAAAAAAUUGUAUCUUUACAAUAGUUUUAUUAUAGAAUUAAGUAAAAUUUUAUUAUUAAAUUUGUUCUUUUUUCAAUAACUUUUUUUUUUUUUUUAAAUAGAAUAUGAUUAAAAAUAUUAAUUUUUUUUGUAGAAACACUAAAAAUAAAUAUUCUCUUCUUUUUCAUAA